UGCAUAAAGGCUACAAGCAUGUCUGCUGAGAUAGGAAGUUGGUUCUUUAACUCCUCGUGACAGAUUAUCAGUGAAGGUCUCUGACACAUCUGUGGAUUGAUGGACUUCUCGGGAAGCUGAUUCGAGUUUCUCCAGUGCAGAGGCUGCCCCUUGUAUAAAUAUGGCUGGAUUUAUUGCAAAUCAGCACAGGUUGCUGCUUGUAUUGAACAGAAGAUUUCACGCACCUUUUUCAGCCUCCCAGGUUGCCUUUUACCACUUAACAGCUUCACACCUGAGCCCAAAGGACAGCAAGGUCAGCCCUGUAGUGAGGGGGCGCUCCAGGGUCCAGCACAAGCCUGCAGAAGGGCAGGAGCAUGAGGGGUCAACUCAGAGAAAAGUGUUUAAAAGUGAGAUUUCACUGCUGCAGAAGCAGAUGAGGGGAGAUGACUUCAGAGUGUCACCUGAACUCAGGAAACUGUGCUUGGAAGAUUUCCCUGCAGAGAGGGAGAGGCAGGUGAAGCAGAAACCUGCACCUGAGGCUAAAUCUAAGGACUGCGAGGUUGUUUUUGGCGUUGCUCCCUGCUUCUUGGCUCUCACUCAGGGAAGGAGGAGGGUCCAUAAGCUGUUUGUAAAAGACGGCGAGGCCUCUCACAGGGCGUCUGUGUUGAAGGUGUGCGAGGAGGCUCAUCUGCGAGGAGUUCGAGUCCAUCGGGUCAGCAGAAAGGAGCUGGACAAGAUGUCCAAUGGGGGAGUCCAUCAGGGAGUGUGCCUGCUUGCCAGUCCCCUGAGCUACCUCACCGAGGAUUCUGCACCCAGCAGGAAAGAUGCCCCUCUGUGGCUCAUUCUGGAGAGAAUCCAGGACCCCAUGAACCUUGGCGCCAUCCUGCGCUCUGCUUAUUUCCUCGGGGUGGACAGAGUCGCCAGCAGUCUUCGCUACACCUGCCCGCUGUCUCCAGUGGUCAGCAAGGCGAGCUCGGGCAUUAUGGAGGUGAUGGGGGUGUAUGGAUAUGAAAACGUUGCAGAGAUGUUGAAGCUGAAGAUGGAGCAGGGCUGGCAGGUGGUUGGCACAGUGGGACAGGAAGCAGAAGUGUCUCAGAUGCCCAUCACCAAGUGUUCAGACUUUAAAAUGACCAAACCCACGUUGCUGCUGAUGGGAGGAGAGGGAGAAGGACUCUCCAAGGAGCUGCUCUCCACGUGUCAGACACUUCUCACCAUCCCAGCGGGCAGGGAGCUGGUGCCUGGCAUAGAGUCUCUCAACGUUUCUGUAGCCACAGGCAUCCUGCUGCACUCUUUGCUGUCCUCCAGGAGCUAGACCACAUGACAGCAACCUCAAAUAUCCUCCCAAAUGAAGAUGCAAGGUCACUGACAACACAACCAACCACAGGAAUAAAUAGUUCAGUGUAAUCCUGAGUACAAAUUCAUAGAAGACCAAACCAGAGCCCUCAUACUUUUUUCUGCUGUUGUGUCUAAAAACUACUAUUCCUGAAAACGGGCCUGAGUAGCAUUUGCUGGAAACAAAAACCACAACCCACCUGUUUCAAGUUACGUAGCCUUUAAAAUAAAUACACAUUAUUUAUUUAUUGCCUGUUUUCAAAAUUGAUGUUGUCAGUGGAAACCAACAGGCUCUGAGCCGAGUCUUACAGAUCUGCGUGAUUGCUUCCUGAGAUUUGUUGACUAUAUAUUUUCUCUGCUAUCUGUUAUUUGGCAUUGAUGUUAUUUGAUACUUGUUACUUGAUAUCAAUGUUUUAAGUCAUCUGCCUGUGUAAUUUGUAUCUUUGUACAGCACUUU